GCAGCCAGCAGCAAACAGCCUUUAACCGUUGCCAAAAUAGCAGAGAUGGGAGGCCGCAGAACGAUCGUGUUGAGCCUAAUCCUUGGCUUACUGGCAGCUGCCAAUGCGGUGCCCUUUGAUUUCUUUUACCUUAUCCUCAUGUGGCCUGGAGCAUACUGCGAGGACAGCGACAAUGGUUGCUGCGUGCCCAAGUACGGCUACCCGGCGGAGGAUUUCUUCGUCGAGUUCUUCCAAACCUUCGACGUGUCCAUUAACAAGCCCAUAGUCCGUUGCAGGAACGGCAGCCCCUUCGAUGCUAAAAAGCUGGACAAGAUCGAGAACAACAUCAACCACUACUGGAUCAGGCUCAAGUGCCCGCCAACCGACGGCGUGAACGCGUGGAAGAGCGCCUGGGACAACUACGGCGUCUGCUCAGGCCUCAAGCAGCUGGACUACUUCAAGGCGGCGCUCAGCCUCAGGAAGCAGGCCGACAUCCUCGGCGCCCUCGCCGACCAGGGCAUCCUGCCGGACUACAAGCUGUACAACACGGCGAGGAUCAAGGCGGCGGUGGCCGCGAAGCUGGGCGUCGAGCCGGGCCUGCAGUGCCGGGACGGGCCGUUCGGCAAGAAGCAGCUGUACCAGGUCUACCUCUGCGUGGACACGGACGCCAAGACCUUCAUCAAGUGCCCCAAACUGCCGGCGACGCUGAGCUGCCCGGCGUCCGUCGUCUUCCACCCGUUCUACACCUGGAUGCUCAACUCCACCGCCACCUUCGACUCCAAGAUCCUGCUCCCCACUCAGACCAUGCUGAACUGAUUACCGGAUCGAUCGGACUCGAUUCCACAAGCGUUAGCUAGCCUGGUUUGCAAUCCUCAACAGCUUAAUUUAAUCUGCUCUGUCAAACCGGCCGGCCGAGAGCACCAUAUGGAUCGGUGCUUUUUUAUUGUCCCCCUAAAUAAUAAACCAUCCUGUAAUGGUAUAUGUGUAAGAUCUUCCAGAUCUUUUUUUUAGUGUGUGAGCUACAUGCAUUUGCAUAUACAUGUGCAAAUGUAAUACCAAUAAUGAAUAAACAAGAGUGUUAUGCACA